AUGGAUCCAGGGUCUAGUACCCCGACAUCAGGAGAGGAGGAAGCCCCUGCAACAGACGACCUGCACAGAAUACCCACAGUCCGGAGCACGGGGAGGCUAGAGAUUGUCGACGACAAGCCCGUGUUCAAGCCUACCAAGGAUUUCGUACUGGCCUUCAUCGCACUAUGCGUGCUGGGCCUCGCCUGCGCCUUCGACGCGACCACGCUGUCGGUCGCCCUGCCGACCAUGAGCUCCGCGCUGGGCGGCACGGCAUUGGAGGCCUUCUGGUCGGGCACGAGUUUCCUGCUUGCCUCCACCGUGUUGCAGCCCACAGUGGCGUCUCUCAGCAACAUCUUCGGCCGCAAGUAUCUCAUCUACUUGAGCUCCGUCCUCUUCGCGGCCGGUUCCCUUGUCGCCGCCCUAGCGGGUAACUUCAGUGUAGUUCUGGCUGGCCGCACGAUCCAAGGUGUUGGCGGAGGUGGCAUCCUGGCCCUCACCGAGGUCGUCAUCACUGACCUCGUCCCCCUUGCCUUUCGGGGCCAAUGGUUCAGCAUUAUGAGUGGGUUCUGGUCGAUCGGGACUGUAACCGGGCCCCUGAUCGGAGCGGGAUUCGCCCAGGAUGUCACCUGGCGGUGGAUCUUCUAUAUCAACUUGCCCAUCAUCGCAAUCGGGGUCCUUUUUGUGGUUCUCUUUCUGCAUCAGACCAAGAUACCCGGCGACAUUGUGAGCAAGCUCAAACGAUUUGACUGGCUGGGCUCCGUGCUGUUCACAGUCAGCUCAACGGGCUUCCUCUUCGGUCUCACCACAGGCGGCGUAAUGUAUGACUGGAGCUCUUGGAGGGUGCUCCUGCCCUUGAUCAUUGGGCCCUUUGGCUUGGUUGCCUUCGCAUACUGGGAAUUCCGCUUUGCGUCGGAGCCCAUCAUCCACAAAGGAGUAUUCAACAACCGGGACAUGAUUGUGUCCUACGUCAUGACGGUGUUCCAUGGCAUGAUUCUGUGGAGUGUCCUUUAUUUCCUCAUCCUCUACUACCAGGGCGUCAAGUUCUUUAGCCCAGUCAUCUCUGCCGUCGCAGCCCUCCCCGAAACCCUGACCGUUGCGCCCGCCGGCCUCGUAGUUGGCAUCAUCGCCGGCAAGACAGGCCACUACCGCUGGUCCCUCUGGGCCGGCUGGACGCUGACCACGCUCGGGGCCGGCCUCCUGCUGCUCCUGAAGCCGGGGACCUCGACGGUGGCCUGGAUCUUCCUGAACAUCCCGAUAGGGCUGGGGACGGGCAUGCUCUUCCCCGCCAUGGCGCUCAGCAUCCAGGCGGCGUCGGAGCCCGGGCUCAACGGCGAGGCGGCCGCGUUCUUCAGCUUCAUGCGAACCUUUGGCCAGGCCGUUGGCGUCGCCGUGUCCGGCGUCAUCUUCCAGAACGUCUUCCGCCGGAAGCUACUGGAGCUGCCGGACUUCGCGGGCGUGGCGGACCAGUACUCGCGGGACGCAACGAUCGUGGUCGAGAUCAUCAAAGCGAUGGACCCUGGGCACCAGAGGAGCGAGCUGGUGGAUGCUUAUAACUCUGCCCUCCAGGGUAUCUAUGUCAGCAUGAUCGCGUUCGCGGGUUUCUGUAUGGUGUUGAGCGUGAGUGUCAAGGGUUACACCUUGCAGCAGGAGCAUGUGACGAAGCAGGCUCUUGUGCAACAAGCUCAGGAGCGCAAGGAGCCUGGAGAUAUUGAACGAGGAACUGCGAAAGCACAGCUGUCGUGA